AUGUGCACAAUUCGGUUGACAUCAAUUUUCUUCGUCGACUGGGAGACUACAAGCAAAGAUUUCGUGAAAGGGAUAAAGUUCACUUCGACGCAACGAGAUAUUAAAGUUCAUUUGUUUUACAACAAGAAAACACCGAAAAAUGAGCUUCCUGGAGAUUCGGAAUGGAUUGUAAAGCAUCCAACGCUUACAUCUUCCGCCGAGGCGUCUUGGACGGCGCUUUUAACGUACGUGCUUCAUUUUUACACGCACACAGCCUGCAACUGUACAAACAACCACUGUAGACUUUGGCCCAAGCGCCAUGUUCAUACAAAAUACAGAGCUCAUAUCGUAUGCGGAGACGAGGGUAGAUACGAAGAAUUGCAAGCCAUUUUGAAAUUCAAUAAAAUCCCUGUGAAAAUAAUCAACGUUGGCGAACGUACCCUUCUCGACUUGUUUCAAUAUUCUUGCAGCCACUGCAAAAUUAUUUUCAAAACUAAGAAAGAAGCUGAGACCCAUGACCAGAGCAAGCACAAUUUUCUGUGCACGAACGCGAAAUGCGAAAAAAGCAAGCGAACAAACGGCUUCUUUGCAAAGAGGGAAUUGGAAGAGCAUCUUGCUCGCCAGCAGUGCUGCGAAUUCUGCCCGGAGAAAAUAUUCUGCUCGCCCAAAAAACUAGAGGAACACAUGGGGAAAACCCAUAGGAAGUGCGACUGCAGCUGCGAGGAGUACUUCGAAACGAGGGAUGGAUAUCUUGAGCAUUUUUAUAGUAAUUUGCCUCUUCCGUGUCUCGAAGAGCCGGGUUGUUCCGAGCGGUUUCCGAACAUUGAAUUUCAAGCUUUCCACCACAAGUCUGUUCACGGGGCAACCUAUCCUUACUAUUGUAUGGCUUGCUACAAAAAGAAGUACUUGGUCUGUCUCAAAACUGCCGAAGAAUUAUUGAACCACGUGGAGGAUGAGAAACAUAGCGACGAAGAGUUUUCUUUUGCGCAAAUUCCUCUUCAUAUUGCAUUGCAGUGAAAGAAAACUGAUGUUUAGAAAUUCAAGAAAAUUGUGACAAUAAUUGAAGAAGAGAUCGGAAUGUCCUUUGGAACUUCGUUUUUAAGAAAUUUUACUACUGUAAUUACACAGACGAAUUUUGCUUCAAGUUUGAUUUUACAAAGGUCUUCGUUCAACUUUAAUUAAGCAAGGAAAACCUAUUUUUUUUUUUUGCAACUUUAAGGAGAGGGCCAAUUGCUGGUUUUAGCUUUAAUAGAAACGCAAAGUUCUACCCAGAGUUAUUCUUCAAUUGACCUAUUCGAUAACAAUUCAGUUAAGUCUAAAAUUGUCAGGCUGGUGAAUUCAGUGAUUACAUAUUAAAAAGUGCGCGUGUUCCUCCGACACAACUAGUUUUUAAAUUGAAGUUUCUGCGAAAUUUUACUUUUGCUAUAAGAACUGGACAGAGGUCCAUUAUUUUAAAAUGUCUUCAGGUAAAUGUUCUCUCUGGAGCUCUUUCAAAUUCUGAACUUAUUUAAACCGCAUUUUUCCCGGGGUAAUUGACUAUAAAAUGUGAUGUAGAUUGAUUUCAGUGGAAACUGAACAAUUCGUCAUUAACUCCAACAGAACAAACGGCAUACUUUUGUUGGUUUUCGACUUGUUAAGCAGUCACAAACGGUACGACGGAGCUAAGCUGCACUAAAGAAGUCAAAGAUCAAAAGUACUCCAAGUUAAGAAACCCGAGUCUUUGUUUCCAGAUUACAAAUUAAGCCAUCACAAGAGUAAUGAGUUUACUUAGGCAGAAUGCCACGGCCACACGUUUGCGUUACGUGAUACCUUGUAUAACUUUGAAAGUUCGGUUUUCUGAGCCAGCUGGAGUAAUUCUCAUGCCAUUUAGCCGGCCAAUUAUGUAGCUAAAACGUAAAAGAGCAAUGUAUUCUUAUCGCGUUUUCUUGCAACUUUGCCGGUACAUUAAUUCUUAACUGAACUAAAAAACUUACUUCACAAAGUUCUCCCUCCAUGGAACGCGCUGGAACGCACAUGGAACGCGCUGGAUAUCUAUGUUCUCUUUUAAAAAGCAGUUCUUUCUAAAUUUCGAAAGCGUUCUCUUGUAUUUGUAGAGGUGUGUAAGUAAGUGUAAAUAGCAUUCAUGCUUAAUCCACCUGUUUAACUAAGUAAUUCAUGUCUUCAGGCGUUUUAAGUAUUCAACGGAUAAUUUGAAAUUUACCUUUUUGAUAUGUUUGAAGUUUUAAGUCUGGAGUUGUAAGAUUGCAUGAGACCAGGUUAUUCAGAAGAAAAUAGCGAUUAAAUUACCUUUGAUUUUCAUAUUGGUACAUUUUAAAUGGUUUCAAAGUUUC